AUGUCAUCGUGGACAAGCCACCCUACUGCAGCGGGGUAUGCCCCUGUUGCCUCCGACCACUUCCAGCUCUUUUACCGCUCAAACGGCGAAGACGCCAGAUGCAUCGACCUAUCCACAGCAACUGAAGACAAAGUGAAGCAGCUCGCAGAUGUCUGCAGCCCGGCUACCUUCGGCCGCAACGACGAAGACGUCCUCGACGAGUCGUACCGGAGGGCGUGGAAGCUCGACAGGAGCAAUUUCGCCACGAAUUUCUCCCCGCUGGAUCACGAAGUCAUUGUCAAUGCUCUCCGUUCCGAACUCCUGGAGGGCUACGACGAGAAGAAGCCAGUCAGAGCUGAACUCUACAAGCUCAACAUCUACGGCCCCGGCUCAUUCUUCAAAGCCCACAAGGACACGCCUCGCGCGGAAAACAUGUUCGGCUCGCUCGUCGUCGUAAGCCAGGAGUGGACGUUCGACUCGGGCGCGAUCCUCGCGUCGCACACCGAGCCGCGCCUGGCCUACGCGGCGUUCUACGGAGACGUCGAGCACGAAGUCGCCCCUGUCGAGUCGGGGUAUCGCGUCACCUUGACGUACAACCUCUAUUUCGCCAGCCUCGAAGACGCCGCGGAGCCUGCGCUCUCGGCGUCGAAAACUCUCCACGAGACCAAGUUCCGGGAGGUGCUCCAGAGGCUCCUGGACGACCCGACGUUCUUGCCGGAGGGCGGCAGCAUCGGGUUCGGCCUGAGGUACCAAUAUCCGGUCGAGAAGCGGAAAGAACAAAAUCCGCUCUUGCCAUACAAGUCACUUUCCGUCGCGCAACAAUGUCUCAAGGGCAGCGACGCCGUCAUAAUGGCCGUCGCGCGGGAGCUGACGCUGGCAGCGUCGCUCAGGGUCCUUUAUCAACCGGAUGAGCGCGAGCACGCCUUCCGCUCUUGGCCUGAGCCGCUCGUCAUGAAAGGCAACUUCGAGCAGCUCUGGUCUUGGAGCCCGUGCGACGACCCGCUCCCGUAUCUCCUCCUCGCCACCGAUAAGAAAGGAGCGAGAAUCGUCCAGUCCAGGUAUAGUGAGGAGGACGAUGGUAGCAAGGAUUUCGAUCACUUUUCGUACGACAGAUUCCGGCGGGAGAAGAUCUAUUGGGUGACGGAUUGGAGCGAGUAUAACAAGUUCGCGGACCCGUACCUGGCGUACGGGAACCAGAGUUCGCUCGGGUUUGCGUACGGUAACUUGUGCCUCCUUGUGCGCAUCGGGCCACACGGCGAGAGGAGCAAUGUGUCAGUGUCGCACAGUAAAGGGAAGGCUGGCCAGUAA